AUGAAAGAAAACCCAAAGCCCAAACAAACAUUAAUUUCUCCUCACAAACAACUGUCUCUCUUUGCGCUUGGACAUCAAAACAUGCCUUCAGACAGAAGCCUCUUCUUUUCGGACCAGUUUGGCAUCAGCUGCGGUACCGUAACAAUAGACGUGCCAAGAUCCAAACUUCUCCUUAUCUAUUACAGAAAGACGGGAGAAUACCUGCUUCCCAAAGGUCACAAAGACAUAGGCGAAAGCCUAGAGGAAACAGCCCUCCGAGAGACUUUUGAAGAAACCGGAAUCAAAGCCCAACUCCUCCCCGUUCGUAUCAAUUCCGUUGCUACCACACCCCAAGGAAGAGAUCGCCCGAGUCUAAUUACUGAACCUAUCGCCGUUUCGCAACGUAUGGCGAGAGAUGGCGUCCUAAAGAUCAUGUUUUGGUACGUCGCCAUAGCGGAUUCUACGAUUGCGCCGGAACAGGGCACGCAGCAGGAGGGUGAGGAUUUUGACCCUGUUUGGGUGAGCUUUGACGAUGUUGAGUCUACCGUGUCGUGGGAAGAUGAUCGGCGUAUUGUUUCGAAGGCCAUUGCUGCUGUUCAAGAGGGAUGA